AUCAAACCGGCGCUCUUGAGAGCGCGCGCAGUACUUAACCACGGAGAAAGGAGGCAGCCUGCGCAGAGGAAGAGACAGAAACAUGUCGUACACUAAGUUCGUACCUGCGCUGGUCAGGGCCAACACGGGGAACAUCGGAAAGCUGCGAAUCUCACCCGCGAGAUGCCGGUCGACGGUCGUGUCCGCCAAGAGCCAGGAGGAGAAGGAGCCGCAGAUGGAUGGAUGCACAGUGGUGGAGGCUGUGCCGGUGGAGCUCAUCAGCCAGACCAAAAACCUGAGCAGCACGCCGCUCAGUAAAAUCCACAUCGACUUUGACAACACGCAGGAAGCUUACAGAAGCAAAGGGAACAUCGAGCUGCUCAGAAGCCUGCUGGUCUUCAAACUGUGCACUAUUGACGUCCUGGUUGAGAAGAACAAAGAGUUGAUGGACCUGAGCAAGAAGCUCCUGGGUCAGUGGAUGUUUGAGAAGGUGAUGAAGAUGACCUUCUACGGCCAGUUUGUGGCAGGAGAAGACCACAACUCCAUCAAACCGCUCAUCCAGAAGAACCAGGCCUUCGGUGUGGGGGCCGUUCUGGACUACAGUGUGGAAGAGGACCUGACACAGGAGGAGGCAGAGAUGAAGGAAAUGGACUCAUGUGUUUCUGAGGCAGAGAAAGAAAGUCCAGGCGACGAUCAUCGUGAGAAAAAGUACAAGGCCCAUCGUCAGUUUGGAGACAGACGUGGAGGCGUCAUCAGCGCUCGUACCUACUUCUAUGCAGAUGAGGCUAAAUGUGACAACCAAAUGGAGACGUUCAUGAACUGCAUUAGAGCCUCUGGUGGAGCUUCUAGUGAUGGGUUUUCUGCCAUCAAAAUGACUGCUCUGGGACGCCCACAAUUCCUGCUUCAGUUUUCUGAAGUCCUGGUUAAAUGGAGACGCUUCUUUAACUUCCUCGCAGCACAACAGGGAAUAUCUGAAAUGAUGGUUUUGGAACAAAAGCUGGAACUGGAACAACUGAAGGAAAGCUUGACUGAGAUGGGCAUUGGAGCCAAAGAUGACAUUGAGAACUGGUUUACUGGAGAGAAGUUGGGUUUGUCAGGAACGAUAGACCUGCUGGACUGGAACAGUUUGAUAAAUGAUACAACAAAAAUCUCCAAUCUGCUCAUGGUGCCCAACCUUGAGACCGGCCAGCUGGAACCUUUGCUGAAUAAAUUCACAGCCGAGGAGGAGAGGCAGAUGAAGAGAAUGCUGCAGAGAAUGGACAUUCUGGCCAAGCAUGCCAUGGAUAAUGGGGUGAGGCUUAUGGUGGAUGCUGAGCAGACGUACUUCCAGCCAGCUAUUAGUCGACUGACCCUGGAAAUGCAGAGGAAAUUCAACAGAGAGAAGCCGGUGAUUUUCAACACUUACCAGUGUUACCUCAAGGAAGCCUAUGACAAUGUAACUCUGGAUGUUGAGCUGUCUCGGCGGGAGGGCUGGUACUUUGGUGCCAAACUGGUCCGUGGAGCCUACAUGUACCAAGAGAGAGCCAGAGCCCAGGAGAUCGGCUACGAAGAUCCAAUAAACCCGGACUACGAGGCCACCAACAGGAUGUAUCACAGGUGUUUGGACUAUGUGCUGGAGGAGAUUGAACACAGCAGGAAAGCAAACGUCAUGGUUGCCACUCACAAUGAGGACACUGUGAAGUUCACCCUCGAGAAGAUGAAUGAGAUGGGCCUUUCACCCACCGAGAAUAAAGUUUACUUUGGACAGCUGCUCGGCAUGUGUGACCAGAUCAGCUUCCCGCUAGGUCAAGCCGGUUUCCCGGUCUAUAAGUAUGUUCCUUACGGCCCCGUCAACGAGGUCAUUCCUUAUCUGUCUCGCCGUGCUCAAGAGAACCGCGGCUUCAUGAAGGGAUCCCAGAGAGAGCGCAGCCUGCUGUGGAAGGAGCUGAAGCGCAGACUGCUGGGCGGUCAGAUUUUGUACAAGCCUGUCUACUGAGUCACAGGACCACAACAUACUAACAUGUCUGCAAGCAUUCCACUGUCUUUAGCGUACCUCUUACUGUUAGCGACUCUUUGUGGUGGGACAUUUAUGUCUUUUACCGGGUUGCACAGCUGCACAACAGAGAAGAAAGUUUUGCAUUUCACUGACAGGUAUUUCAUAUGUGGUAUGGUUCCUGCUUUUAGAAGGCGAUAAAGAGGGGUUAAAGCACUGUAAUAGUAACACACUGUAGCAAUACAUGUGCUGCUUCAUUAAGAAAUAACGAUUAUUUAUCUCUAAACUUUAACCUGACCACAGUAAUCCUCAGAAUCAAAUCUGCAAAAAAUAUUAUAUUUAAAGACUUAAAGGCUAUUUAUGUUUCUAAAUGUUGAUCGUUUCUGAUAUACAGCUGAGAAAAGUAUGUUGUGUAUUUUUUGACUACCAAAGGUGGCUUACUUGUACAUAAAAAACUGACAUUUGCUUUUUAAAUGGUUGUAUUCGCUUUUUUCUUAGGUUGCUGUCACUUAAAGUGCCUUAUGAUUGUCUUAACAAGAUUGACCGGAAGCUACUGUACGACUUAGUUUUUGUUACUGUACACUCCUCUAAGGGGAAUUGUGAACUGUUUUAAUUAGCAUGUUCAUUGCAGAUUUUUUUGUCCGUGUGUCAACAAAUAGUUUGCUACAUUUUAUGCAGCAUAUAGACUUUGAUAACAUAAAAAGAGAUCUGUACUUGUA